AUGCAACGUCCACUUGAUGUCAUAAGAAAAAGGCCCCAACCCCAGAUUCCCCAGGGCUGCUAUCUACCCGGGGUAUUCCCGCUGAGUCAGCUUUCAGCUGCUCCCGGUCCCAGAUGCCGGUUUAUUCCACACGAAAACCGGGGGAAGGAGGUGCACGCUGCUUUAAGUUAUCACGAGCCGGUAUUCCGGAUGUACAGAUAUGAUUGUCAAAAUGUGCAGCGAAAUGCCUUUAAAAGCAGGGUUUUUGGACCUUCGAGUCGGUUUGCUGAGCAUCUAUCCGGAAACACAAGGGUCCCACCUUUUUGCUCCGGCCGCUUCGACACAAUAACCGAGGGAUUGAAGCAAACUUCCAUGAUGUCUACCACUACACUCUGA